GACGGACAAGCCAAGCAGGUAGGAAAGGUCGCAAAGGUCGCAAUGUACGCGGGGCCUGCGAACGCAUUCAAUUGCCAUGAAGGCAGUGCGAGGGCCUGACCUGUGCUCGCAAGCUGGCUGGCUACGAAGCCGAGGGUCGAUUGGAGCAAUGCGGGCCUUGAUAAGUCCAUAGUUCCCCACACUCUGCUCCAGGACCCGCCAUUCUCCGGACUCGGGUUCCAAUUCGGCCUCGCCGCGCUGCUCUGCUUUGACUCGAUCCGUUCAUGCUCGAGGUCUGAUCAGUGUCCACGACAUUACGUGAUUUUCCUUCUCUCUUUGUCGCCCUCUGUCGCUCUGCGGGUUUUUCCCGCCCGGCCCUGCCCUGCCCUCGGUCUUGAUGUGAAAUUAGAAGCGGAUAUGAUCGAAACUUCCUGCUACUCUCGAGACUCUGCCGUUGCGUGCUCUGUUUUGCUGCAAUUAUUGUACGCGACGGCUGGAAGCAGACUGAGGAUUUUGUAGCUGUAGCUGUCAGAGUCGGAGACUGAGGGUCUGCGACUGCUGGGAAUCGUAAAGCUCCCUGUCAUUACGUUUGCUGGCUCCAGUGGUCGUGGCCAUUGGAGAAAUGGUGUGUUCAACAGGGCUGUGUCGGACUACAGAUUAAUGCGAAGCGAGGGAGCGGAGGUGGUCGGGCUUGCCGAUGUGUGAUUGAGCAGAGGAUUUAGUGGGGAUGGCCGCAGGUCGCAUUAUUUGCAUACUGAUCCAGACUUGUUAGCCAUCCGCCGUGACGUUCAGCAUUUGGUGGAUAUCCGAGUUCGAGUGGAGCCAUGGAGGCCGAGGGAAAUGGAAUUCUUAUGGAAAAAGGGCCUGGGGCGCCAGUGUUUCCCUCGGAUGCCGGCACGAAGGACCGGCGCGUUACCUCAGUGGAAUUGCAGGGGAAUGGCGUGUCCUCAAGGAUUGGCACUGAUCUUCGCCGAAGCCAGGUCGGGAGAACGAUCUCUGCUAGGCCCUCACGAGAUGGAACGGGCUGGAUGUUUUUGGCGCUGCUGGUCAUAUGGACGCUCGCAUUGGGAUGGAAAAUUUGGGAGGGGAAAGCUAAUCUGUGGCCCGUGAUCUAUGGCUGGGCGUUUUUUGAGACCUUCAAUAAGGUUCUGUCGUUUGUCGUGGCCAUGGAUCCAAAGUUUUUAUCCAACCUGCAGCCAAGACAUGUCGACAGCUUUUUGAACACGGCAGUUUCACUGUUGCACUCGACAGCAAUUUCCAUCGCAGUUGUAAGCUUGCUGAUAGAUGAACACAGGGAGCAAGGGAUAGCCCGAAUGUGGAGACACGAAGUAUUAACACAGAAAGCAUGGCCUGGAGCACACACGGUUCUGGGCUUUUCGUGUGGUUACUUUGCUUAUGAUCAGUGGGACAUGCUUCGUCGACGAUUGUACAAGCCAAGGGCUCCUUCGGUCCUCACACAUCAUCUCGUUCUCCUGACGUGUUUUGUAGUUGCCCUGUUCAAGAACAGCUGCAUCAAUUACUUGAUUCUUACGCUGGUUUGCGAGGUACAUUCCGUUUUCCUACAUCUACGCAAGGUGAUAUUAUUGGCUGGAGUGAACAGAGCAUGGGGCCAUUUGCUGAGGAUUGAGUGGCUUUUGAACUGGAUUGCUUUUUUCACGGCAAGAUGUGCCGUACACAUAAUGAUCACAGCCAAACUAGUUCAAGAUAGACUCAAGUUUGAAAGGGGCACGGUAGAGCUUCCUCUUGCCUCGUUGGGCAUGCUAGGGUUGAACGUAUUAAAUUUUCUUCUCGGCCUAGGGCUUUGGAAGGCCUUUAAGAGAGAACGUUCUGGGAGACUAGACUCUACGAAGGUAGCAGAGGAUUAGGUCUACAAUUUUUCCGCACAUUGUCUUCAAUUUAUCCCCUCAUAUAACCGAAGUUUGCCACGAUAUCAAUCACACAUGGCAGCUCACAAGAAAUCCACCUGAAUUCUGUCGCUUCAGUUGUUGGUGGCGUCGAGCUCUGUC